GUUUUACGUAUACCUACGCUACGCAUGUAUAAAACGAACAACGUAAAUGUGGGCCCAAUUUAUUGAUUUGCCCGGGAGAACAUUUCCUCUCGCGCCUUUCCCAUCUUUCCGCCGGCACGCUCUGUCCGCGCCAGUUCAUCCCUGCGACAUUAUACACUGCAAAUACGCCAUACGUUCGUCACUGUCACAACCCGAUACCGUAUUCAUCGCCUAUUACCGACGAUCGAAUUAACUAGAUGGAUAGAAUACCGCCACAAUAUGAUUACUAUAACACAACUGAUGAACCAUGGUUGUCUGAUAAUAUGCCAAUUACAAAUGAAAGUUCUUCGGGAUCUGAUGAAUUGUAUUCCACAUUUACCACACCGGUUUCUCCAAUCGAACAAUCUACGAGCUUGAAUGCGAUUAAACUAAUGGACAAAUUAAAUGAACAAUGCUCCAAAGAACGAAACAAGUGCGAGAACUAUGUUUUGCCAUCUUCGUCAAGUAUGAGUUUCACCGAUGCAGAUAGUUCACACCCGUUGUCAGCUCAUUCAAGGUUCCAAUUAUCGGACAUGCCAUUAGAACUACAGCCAGAAAAGUCAUUAAAAAAACGCUCGUGGUUCUUUUUGGCUUGGGUCACUAGUCUGGACUUCAUCAUCGAACCUCAGAGCUUUUGUUACGUAGCUUGGUUAAGCCUUGUGACCAUGUGCUACCUGUAUAACUGUUGGGUAAUACCGUUGCGUAUAACAUUUCCUUAUCAGACGCCGGAAAAUCUAUGGAAGUGGAUGUUGCUAGACUAUUGCACGGACGCGAUAAAUUUACUAGAUACAUUUGUAAUUAAACCACGUAUUAUGUAUCUUAAGGAUGGGUUUUGGGUGCGUGACCUGAAACUGAUUGAAGUCAACUAUUUGGAAAAACUUCAAUCCAAAUUGGACAUCAUUUCUCUUCUGCCGGCCGACUUCAUAUGUCUAACGCCAGGAUUCACUUCAGAAAUGUUACCUUUGAUGAGACUCAACAGAAUAAUCAAGAUUCAGACGUUUUGGGAAUUCUUUGAUCAUUUCGACAGCGUUUUGUCUUCGCCGUAUGUAGUUCGAGUAACAAGAACAUUGACAUACAUGGUCUACUUAGUGCAUUUGAACGCAUGCGCGUAUUACUAUGUUUCGGUUAAGGAAGGACUUGCUACGAACAAUUGGGUAUUCAAUGGUCAGGGAAACGCGUAUAUACGCUGUUUUUUCUUCGCCACAAAGACAGCAACGUCCAUUGGAAAAAAUCCACACCCGGAAAACGAAGCUGAAUACUUGUUUAUGACUGCUAGCUGGCUGAUGGGCGUUUUCGUAUUUGCGAUUUUAAUUGGACAGAUACGUGACAUAAUAGCUACGGCUACCAGAUCUCAAACCGAAUAUAGGAAACUACAAGACGAAACAUUAGAAUAUUUGAGGAAAUUAAACAUACCUCCGCGAAUACGACAACGAGUUGAACAAUGGUUUUCGUUCACAUGGGAACAACAAAGAACCUUAGACGAAAAUCGUAUUUUGGAUUCUCUUCCGCAUAAAAUGAAAACUGACGUAGCCAUCAAUGUGCACAUGAAGACGUUGAAUAAAGUUCAGUUGUUCAAAGACUGUGACAAAGCUCUAUUGCGUGAGCUGGUGUUAAAAUUGCGUCCAAUAUUGUACUUGCCAGGCGAUUACAUAUGCCGCAAGGGCGAGGUCGGCAAAGAGAUGUACAUUGUGAAAACCGGACAGGUCCAAGUAGUCGGCGGUGAACACGACGACGAAGUAUUAGCCACGCUCACAGAAGGUUCGGUGUUCGGCGAAAUCAGCUUAUUGAGCUUGUGUGGAACUAACCGGAGAACGGCAGACGUCAGAUCUCACGGGUUUUCCAAUAUUUUUGUUCUAAGCAAAGAAGAUCUUAAUGAAGCCAUCAAGUUUUACCCGAACGCCCAAGAAAUAUUAAAACGCAAAGCAAGGGAGCUGAUUCAGCAAAACGCAGCAAGAGAACACAGACAAAUACCUAAUGAAUUACUGCAGGACGACCAUUAUGGAAACAGCACGGACAACUUAAUGCGAGUUUUAUAAAUCUCUUUGUGUUUAAAAUAUUUAAACACUGAAUACGGUUAACUACUUUAAAUUUAAUAUAUACUUACCUAGGUACAUAAUAUAAAAUAUAAUAAUAUUAUGUAAAAUAUUAUUUCCAUAGUUACACUAUGUCAUAAUACUGCAAGUAUAAGAAUAUAAAUAAUGUCAAUAUUUAUAUCUAAAUGUACCAGUUGAGUCCCUAGACCCAUUUUUAGAAGGUGCCUAAGAGAAACUAAAUAAGGCAGGUCUUUGCAUAAUUAUAGUUUUAAAUUGCUUAUUGUAAAAUAAUAUAUAUUUAUUUUUAUAAAUAAGGCGUCUUAAGUAUCAAUGCGUAUUUAUUCACAUCGUUAUUAAUGCAAAUAACGUAGCAAAUUUUACGUCCAGAAUAUAAUUAUAACAGAGUAUAAUUUAUUACUUUGCUAUUUUAAAUAUUUUAGUGAAUUGACCUAUUAUCAUACUGAAUAGGUAAUCAUUUUUUAUGGCCCUCUAUAGGUUUAUCAUAAUUUUUAAGCAAGUUAUAAAAAAAAUUUACGAUUAAAGGAAUAAGUUUUAAAAAAAUUCAAGUUUUAAAUUUUAAGAUAGAAAUAUCUAAUGUAUGCGAUCUUAAGUGGAGUUAGUGGGUUCUUUAAUUGUACUAAGUCCGUCUACAACUAUCCAAAAAAAAAGUUGUGAAAAAAUGUUAUGUUAUAAACUUUUUUAUAGGCUCAUAUUGAUGUUGAAAAAUGUUAGCUUUCUUUAAAUUUUAAUAAUAACCUUCUAUACCUAUACAGCGAGUAAGUAAUAAGCAUAAGUACUUCUAAAAAGGUUAUGGAUAAACAAAAUUAGAGUGAUAUAUUAAAACAAAUUAAUAUUGUAUAAUUUAUUAAAAUUUAAUCAUUCAACUGAUUAUUAAUAGUAGGUAUGUGAUCACGCAUGCAAAAUUGUAUUGUAUUAAAAAUAAUGUUAUCAAAAACAAUUUAGUUAUAAAAAAAUUAAAUUUAAAAAAAAACUCAAAAUCAUUUUAAAAAGCUACAAGGUAUGGGACACGGCUGCAAGAUUCUUUUAUUCUAGUUAAAUGUUGACAUUAAAUAUAAUUUUAUUUCGUCUUUUUAAUUGUUUAAUCGAAUCGAAAAAUUUGUGAUGAAAUGUGUAAUAAUAAUAUAUUAGAAUGUACGAGA